UUAUUGUGAAGGGGCGUCCCGGAAGCGGCUGGUCUCCUUCACAGAAACAGCAAGAUGGCGGCGCUCCGCGUUACGGUGCUCUCGGGCAGCGGCAAAGUCCUGCUCAGCCUGCCCAAAGCCCUCACCGCGCCCAAGGCCCAUAUGUCGUUUGCCAGUCUACCGAGUAAGAGGAGGGUUGCCCUGACAACACUAGGCGUGGUCGCCGCUGGUGGAGCCGGUCUCGCCUUGAUGCUGCAUCAGUCUGUGAAGGCCUCGGACCUGGAGCUGCACCCCCCCAACUACCCCUGGAGCCAUGCUGGGCCCCUGUCCUCCCUGGACCAUGGAAGCAUUCGCCGUGGUUACCAAGUGUACAAGCAGGUGUGUUCAGCCUGCCACAGUAUGGAGUACCUGGCCUUCAGAAACCUGGUUGGAGUGUCCCACACAGAGGAGGAGGUGAAGACCAUAGCGGAGGAGGUCGAGGUGGUGGACGGUCCUGAUGAGAGUGGGGAGAUGUUCACCCGGCCAGGAAAGCUGUCUGACUACUUCCCCAAGCCCUACCCGAACCCGGAGGCAGCACGCGUCGCCAACAACGGAGCCCUCCCUCCAGACCUCAGUUACAUCAUCAACGCCAGACAUGGUGGAGAGGACUACGUGUUCAGCCUGCUGACGGGCUACUGCGAGCCGCCUGCAGGAGUGGCGGUUAGAGAAGGGCUCUACUACAACCCCUACUUCCCCGGCCAGGCCAUCGGCAUGGCGCCGCCCAUCUACAACGAGGUGCUGGAGUUCGACGAUGGAACUCCUGCCACCAUGAGUCAGGUUGCUAAGGAUGUGUGCACCUUCCUGAGAUGGGCCUCCGAGCCGGAGCACGAUCAACGCAAACGCAUGGGCCUGAAGCUGCUGAUGGGCGCCGGCAUCAUCAUCCCGCUGCUCUACUACAUGAAGAGACACCGGUGGUCUGUGCUGAAGAGCAGGAAGAUCGCCUACAGGCCUCCCAAGUAAAGGGACAACCUUCCCCCCCGACCUGGGCCCAGAACCGGGAGGGCCGUGUUCAAGGACCCCACAACGCUCGCCUCCACCCAUAAACACGACUCACAAACACACACAUGCCUUUGAAGAGGGGUGCAGAUAUACAACUACACACUGUGCUGGUUUCAAUUCAAAAUGCCUUUUUUUUCUUUUAGUUAUCGGCAUGUAGAACUGCGUGUGGCGGGUUUCCCCGCCUCUGAAACGUUGUGGUGCAGGUCCGUCAGAGGUUUGUGGCGUUCUUGAACACACUCCUCUGGAAGAAGUCAUCGGUGGUAGUUCACGGCUUAAGUCUCAUUUCAAGUUUAUUGGCUCGCUAUCUUUGUAAGAUACUCUAAAAACCCUGAAUAAAUGCUGGGAAAUGGUCGGCCGUGAAGUCCGUAACAUCUCGGGUGUCUGUACAUUCAUCCUUUUGUGUCCCCCUCAAGCAUGGCCUGGACCCCUGUUUUACUGUACAAAAUAAAUUAUCUUAACGGAAA